AUGGCAAAAAAUUGGCUUGCCAGAACGAAAAAAAAGUUCCUGCGACUUCAUCCUGCUUGGCGUGUGUACGUGAUUUUGCUUGGCCUGCUGGUGCUGUACAACGAGGUGUUCAUCUAUGUGCUGCAAAAGUUUAAAUGGUCAAAUAUUUAUUGCAAAGAAGCAGAGUGCGUGAGGAUCCUUCUUGUCGCAGACCCGCAAAUACUGGGUAAAACCUACGACACACAUUUCUACGCGGGACUAGCAAACUACGAUUCUGAUCGAUACCUCGCCUGGUACUACGAACAGGCCGUCGAGCAUGUGCAACCCGAUGUGAUAAUUUUUCUGGGCGAUCUCAUGGACGAGGGUACCGAUUCAACGGAGAUACAUUUCGAGGAGUAUUACACCCGCUUCGGGGCGAUUUUUCCAAUCCAUCCCACGGCAAAAGUGAUCUAUAUACCCGGUGAUAACGAUAUCGGCGGGGAAGGCAGACAGCCGCUUAAUCCGAUCGCCAAGCGACGAUUCCGACAGUAUUUUUCCGAACGACCAGCCUGGGUAAUCAACGAAAACCUUACGAUCUAUAAUAUCAAUCGAAUUACGCUGGAAAUGACGCUGAACGAUCCGCGCAUGAUGGACAGUACUGGCGCUGAUUUGUCCGAUCGGUACCUGCGAAUAUUCGUCAGCCACAUGCCGGUCCUCGACGUACCGUCGAGCUUUACCUACACCGCCAUCCACAAUCUGAAACCGAACGUGAUUUUUUCGGCACAUUUGCACGUCUCGCAGUUUGCACGCAUUCAUCGGAGUCGCCUAAAAACGGUACGUUACCGGCCGUUGAGCCAGGACAAAAAAACGGCCUACAAGGUGCAUUCGUUCGAUCUAAGCUACCAUCAGGAUACGCAGGAGCUGCUAGAAAUUAUAGUGCCCACGUGUUCAUAUCGCAUGAGCGUGCCAGAUAUCGGUUAUGGUUACGCUGCCAUCGAUGGCACCACGCUGAAAUACACUGUCCUGUGGACAACUCGACGGUUCUAUCAGCUAAUAUCGUACGUAGUCAUAUUCGCCGUCCCAAUCGGAUUGUCUUUGCUGUAUGUUUUGUACAAAUUUCUGCGGGAACACUGUACCUGUCGGCCAAAGUACGAACGUUUACCGAAAUAAUCUCGGUGACGUGCGCAAGUACAAUAAUUGCGGUCAGUGUACUUCAUCGUUACUUAGAUUAUGGAGCGCAUCCCACAAGCAGCUGUUAAUAAAGGGCGAUUAUAAAGCAAUAUUUUCAUAA